AUGUCGGCCAAUUCGCUGCCUCGCCCGUCCAGGCCCUCCAUUGCUCCUCCCACGGGCCCGCUGCCCUCGCUGCCUGUCCCCAAGUCGCGCAGCUCCAAUGCUGGGCCCACGACGCGCAACUCGCUGCUCCCCAGUCCCGCCGCUGCCCGCGCCGUCUCCUCGUCGGUGCUCCCCUACCGCGUCACUCCCAAGCACACCACCUCGCCCUCGGUUCCGCUCCUGCCUCCGGACGACGCCCAGGCAGGGCCCUUGCCCGCUGGCAAAUCGCUGCGCAAGACCGUCAGCAUUGGUGCAUUUCCACAACCGCCCAAGCACACGGGCAGGUCGACGCCAGGCAGUCCGCUGUCCACGAGCUCGAUGCCGGGUGGAGACAUGGUCGACCGCAGAAUCUCUUCCCUCUCCAAGCCGGCGGCGCCCUCGAGAAACAGCAGUCUGAAGAAGCCGAGGAAUUCUUCGAAUAUUGGCGGAGGUCGAGGCUUGCUGCCACGAUCACCACUGUCGCCAGCCAGCCUGCUCGAGGGAGGCACAGGCUCGGUGCCGGUAGACACGGCACACCUCAGUCUGCCCUCCCCGCCGCAGAGUCGCAACUCAUCGCCCCAGGGAUCCUAUACUACGAGUGCCACAACCCUCGAAGGCGAAGGCGGCGGCGACGACGAUCGCGGUCGAGCCGAUGGCAAGGGCACCAAAGAUGGCAAAGGCAACGUCAUUGUCAGUGUGCGAGUACGGCCGGAUGUGGGAGCAAAAGACAGCAAGCAGGAGCUGGAAUGGUCAGUCGACAACAAGCGCGCCCUCAUCUCCUAUCGAGGUCGAGAGGGCGGAGAUUACGUCUAUGACAAUGUCUUUGAUACCGACGACAACAACGCGCGCGUCUACGAUUCGGCAGCCAAGCGGCUCGUCCGACGCGUCAUGGAGGGUUACCACGGCACCGUCUUCGCCUAUGGCAUGACGGGAACCGGCAAGACAUUUUCCAUGCAAGGCACGGCCACCAAUCCCGGUGUCAUCCCGCUGGCCAUCACCGACAUCUUCUCCUACAUUCGAGAGACACCACACCGAGAGUUCCUCUUGCGGGUGAGCUAUCUCGAGAUUUACAAUGAAAAGAUUCACGAUCUCCUGGCCGGCCCCAUAGCGGGCAUGAAUGGCCAACCAGGGCCCCAGGAGGAGAUUAAGCUGCGCGAAGACAGCAAGCGUGGUGUUUAUGCGACCCCACUCAAGGAAGAAAUCGUCCAGAGUCCCACCCAACUUCUCCGCGUCAUUGCCAGGGGUGACAAUGCUCGACGGGUGGCGGGCACACAAUUCAACGCGCGCAGUUCGCGAAGUCACGCGGUUGUCCAGAUUGUCGUUGAGAGCAGAGAACGCGCGCCUGGUCCGGCGGUUGGCACAAGCACAAGCAAGCGUGCGGCCAUCGUCCCAGGCGGUGUUCGUGUGUCUACGCUGAGUUUGAUCGACUUGGCAGGUUCAGAAAAGGCAGCAGAUAACAAGGAGAGGCGGACCGAGGGGUCGCACAUCAACAAGAGUCUACUCACCCUAGGUACCGUCAUUGGCAGACUGGUCAGCGACAAGGACAAGGAGGGCAAGGGCGACAAGCACCUGCCCUACCGAGAUAGCAAACUCACUCGUCUUCUCCAGCCCGCCCUUUCUGGAAACUCGCUGGUCAGCAUUCUGUGUACCAUUCAGAUUGGGGCCAGUGGCAGCAUCGCCGCCGCGGCCAGCCACACGGGGGAGACGCUCAACACGCUCAAGUUUGCCAGCCGAGCGAAGAAUAACAUUGUCAGUCAUGCGAAGAAGGCAGAUGAGUCGCUAGGCACGGGGGGAGAUGCGGGAAGCCGAGCGCUGCUGGAUCGCUACCGACUAGAGAUUCAAGAACUCAAGAAGCAGCUAGAGGCUGGCAAGGCCAAGGAAGUCAAGGAGGAGGAAGUUGACGAGAUUAAGCAUAUCAAAGAGGAAGAAAAGGCUCGCGAAUUGGAAGAUCGGCAACGCCAUGAGGAACAGAUGCUGGAAAUGCAACUGGCACGCACAGCACUCAAGGAGCGCAUCGAGCAUCUCAACAGGCUCAUUUUGAGCUCCAAGUCCAUUGGUGUCAAUGGCCGGUCCUUUUCCUCUCUGAGUUAUCAGCGUGGCUCCGUCCUCAGCAACGCCAUGGAUCUGCGACCGAGCUCUGUUCGAUCCUCUGCCAGCCAUGCGACUCUCGAGGUUCCAAGACGGCGAUCCCAGCCGAAUCUCAACAUGGAUGGCUCGGAAGAGGACGACAGCAUCGGAGAGAAUGGCGAUGGCACCGCGAGCCAGGCGGUGCAGAUUCAAGCCUUGCAAGCGGAUCUGGCCGACAAGAACCGGUACAUCACCACGUUGGAGAAGCGACUGCUGCACGCCCGACGGUCCAGCCACUCGCGCGUCUCCAUGACGCUAUCCCACAAGCUAGGCGGCGGCAGCGAAGACGGCGGCCUCAUCGCGACGAUUGCGGAAAAGGAUGCGGAGAUUAGCAAUCUGCGCGCCCAGCUCGAGGACAAGGAGCGCAUGAUUGCCGCCCUCACCUCAGCCCGCAAGAAGAACGACACGGCCCACGACGUGGCCAGCGAAGGCUCCCCCCGUAGCCGCCGCACCUCGUCCAACCAGCGCACCGUCAGCGAAGGCAGCACCAGCGCCCACCUCGUCUCCGCUGUCCCCAAGCCGACCUCCCCCUCGAGCCCGAAACCGUUCUUGCCCCCCGCGAGCGCACAUUCCGGUAAGAAUAUCGAGGAGAUGACGCGCAUGCUAGAUGAAAUGAUUACCGGGCGCGUGGACAAGGCGGCGGGGAGACGCUCGAGUCUUAUGCCGGUUACGGAGGGCGCGUAG